AUGGCAUUGGCUACUUCUCCCCUCACUCUCCAACUCCAACUCCAACGCUCCCUCUCUUUCUCUCAUUCUCUCAUACCCAACCUUUACGGUUCCUUCCCUUCAAUCACCACCCUCAAUUUCAACCCAAGAAAACAACCCACAAUCCAAUGCUCCUCACGCAAUUCACCACUUGAAACCACCAACGUGAGGAAGUUUUCCAAGAAAACCCCUUCUCCUUCUUCUGUAUCCCAUCCUGACAAAAAGGUUUCUUUAGAAUCAAAAUCACUCAACAGGGUCAUUGAGAAAAACAAAAUUGAAAAUGAUAAUGUGGUGGGAAAGAAGAAGAACAAGAUUAAGGACAGCCCUCAAGAUAAAUUGCGGGUUUCUUUGGAUAUGUGUUCUAAGAGAGGUGAUUUGGAAGGAGCUUUAUCCUUUUAUGAUUCAGCAAUAUCACAAGGUGUCAAAUUGGGACAAUACCAAUAUACAGUUCUAUUGUAUCUUUGUUCUUCUGCAGCUAUUGGUGUUCUUCGGUCCGCGAAAAGCGGAAGAGGUACUAGAACUUUGAUUGCUCAAGUGUCGUCAGUAAAUGGAAAUGAUGAUUAUGACAGACUUUGUAGUGAUAGUGAUGAUAAUAGAGUGUUAGAUAAUUCAGUUUCGGUUUCGCGUAGUAAUAGUGAGAAACUAGGUGACAAGAAUGAGGUUUUGGUGAGUGAUGAAGUUAAGAAUUUGGCAUUGAAAAGAGGAUUUGAAGUGUAUGAGAAUAUGUGUAUGAAUAAAGUUGAAAUGAAUGAAGCAGCAUUGACAUCUGUGGCUAGAAUGGCCAUGGCAAUGUGUGAUGGUGACAUGGCUUUUGAGAUGGUAAAACAAAUGAAGAUUUUGGGGUUAAAUCCUAGGUUAAGGUCUUACGGUCCGGCUUUAUCGACGUAUUGUAAUAACGGUGAAAUCGAUAAAGCAUUCAAUGUUGAAAACCAUAUGUUGGAACAUGGUGUUUAUCCUGAGGAGCCGGAGUUAGAGACACUCUUGAGAGUAAGUGUAAGAGCUGGUAAGAGUGAUAGGGUUUACUAUGUGUUGCAUAAACUGAGAAGUAGCGUUAGGAAAAUUUCGAAUACUACUGCUGAUUUGAUUGUCGAUUGGUUUAAGAGUGGAAUGGCUUCGAAAGUUGGGAGAAGAAAAUGGGAUAAAAGGUUGAUAAUGGAAGCAAUUAAGAAUAAUGGUGGAGGAUGGCAUGGGAGAGGUUGGUUAGGUAAGGGGAAAUGGCAAGUUCUUCAAACAAGAGUUGGAAAUGAUGGAAUGUGUAAAUGUUGUGGAGUGCAAUUGGCUACUAUUGAUCUUGAUCCUGUUGAAACCGAGAAUUUCGCAAAGUCGGUUGCAUCCAUUGCUAUAAGUAAGGAGAAAAAUUCAAACUUUCAAACAUUUCAAAAAUGGCUCAACUACAAUGGACCUUUUGAAGCAGUGAUAGAUGCUGCAAAUGUAGGUCUUUUCUGCCAAGGGAAGUUCAUGCCAUCCAAUAUCAACGCUGUUGUCAAUGAAAUGCGCCUAAAACUCCCUUCAAAGAAAUUUCCGCUUAUGGUUUUGCAUCAUAACCGUGUCAGAGGAAACAAAUGGGAUGCACCAAUCAACAAAGCAUUGGUUGAUAGGUGGCUCUAUGCGACACCGACUGGAUCAAACGAUGAUUGGUACUGGUUAUAUGCAGCUAUAAAAUAUAAAUGCUUACUUGUUACCAAUGACGAGAUGAGAGAUCAUUUGUUUCAACUUCUCGGAAAUGACUUCUUCCCCAAGUGGAAAGAAAGGCAUCAGGUACGGUUCGGAUUCUCUGAUAAUGGUCCCGAGUUUUACAUGCCCCCUCCGUGUUCUGUUGUAAUUCAGGAAUCGGAGGAAGGACACUGGCAUAUUCCAAUUGAAGCAGAACUUAACGAUGAAGCAGAAAGAAGAUGGCUGUGCAUCACGCGAGCUAAAUUGAACGUGGUUAGCGAAGAUUCUUCGACAACAUCCAAAGAUGAGAAACCUCUGCAAAAUGGAGAAUGGACAAAAUCAGUUACUAGGAAUGAGUCUGCAAAUGAGUCACAAUAUGGGAAUCUUGUCAAUCACAAACAAGCGAAAGAAACACCUCGUGGAUUGUACAAAAAUAACUGA